AUGUCGCGGGCAAAGGAGGCAGUUGUGGUGCUGCUGGCCGCUGGCGCUUCCAUGCGAGUGCCGUUGCGAGAGCGAGCGAACGCUCGUCCGAGUGACGAGAGCCAACGAGAGAGUGGGGAGACGACAGCGCACCACACGCGCUUUGCAGCAGCUGUGGCGGCUGUGGAGAACGUCGUGCAGCAAAAGCUCUUUUUCAGGCCAAAGGACGAAGUUGGCAUUGUCGUCUACGGCUCGGAAGAUACGGACAAUCAACUGAACGAAGAGCAAGGCGACGACGAGUACCGGAAUGUGCAGGUGGUGAACUCGAUUGACUCUCCGACACUGCACAUGGUCAAACGACUGCGAGAAUUGAAGCCGUCGCAGAGAGAAGAAGUCAAGGUUGAUAUCUUGGAUGGCCUGAUUGUCGCGCUGGACUUGUUGUUUCGCCGGACGGACGGAAAAAAGUAUGAAAAGAGGCUGAUGGUCAUCACCGACGCGGCUGCUAAGAUCGCCGAUGCAGGAGACUUGGAAUCCAUCGUGGCGAUGAUCCAGAGCAUGGAAGUGAAGCUUCAAGUGAUUGGACUGGACUUUCAGCAUACAAGUACAAGUACCAAGCUCCACGGACAUGAGGCAACGGAUGCGGGGAAGACGAAAGUGGUUUGUAAGGACGAACCUGGAGCAGCACCGAAGAGUGAAGCGGAGCUUAUCAAGGACGAGAACGAGAAGAUGCUUGUGUCGAUAGCAAACGAAGUCGGAGGCGAGGUGUGCUCGGUUUCCAAGCGCAUGCAAUUGCUUGCGCAGGGAAUGAAGAAAACGGUGGCGUUGACGACAAAAUUCCGAGGUGCACUAGAGUUUGGGGACACAUUGGGUAUUCCAGUGUACUGCUACUUGAAAACAAAAACUGCCACGCUGCCAACUCUGUCGAAAGAGUCUCAGGUCUCGUACCAAAAAGAGGCGUCGGGAAAAGUGCGGCUUGACCGACGUUACACCUCUCCACAGAAUACUGAUGAAGAAGUCCCUCCUGACGAACAAGUCAAAGCGUAUCAGUACGGCGCAGACAAAGUUCCGUUCGGCUCAGCAGACGUAGAGUUUUUCAAGUUCCAAACGGAGAAAUCGCUGAAGGCACUGGGUUUCCUGGACCGAGCACAAAUCAGUCAUGCGAAGUUCGUCGCGAAUUGCGAUGUCUUGAUUGCUGAACCAGGAAAGCCACAUGCAGCAACAUGCUUUGCCGCGUUGGUUGCCGCAAUGGUAGAGCUCGAUCAAGUAAUCAUUGCUCGCUUUGUACCGCGAAAGAAUGCUGCGCCCAAGAUCGUGGCGCUGAUACCUCACGCACCAUCAGCUGGGCAGGAUGAGAACUACUACGCGAUGUGGGCUCAGCAAUUGCCAUACGAAGAAGACUUGCGAAACUAUGAGUUUGCGCCGUUGAAAACUCGCAAGCACGCCCCGUCCGAGGAACAGCAAUCGCUGGCGAAUAAACUUGUCGACAGUUUAAGUGUUCGCAGCGACAAGGCUGAUGAGGUAGGUGCGUGCUUCAAUCCUGUCAUUCGUCGGUUUUUUCACGUAGUGUCUGCGCGAGCACUGGACGAAUCGGCCGGAGUUCCUGCUCUACCUGCCUACAUGGCAGCGAGCCUAAAGAUGGACCCUUGGCGUCAAGAGAAGAUAUCGACCCUCAUUGAGAGCUUUGGCAACGCUUUCCAACUCAAGGAAGCAGUGAAAGAGGCAAAGGAUCGCAAGAAGAAGUCAUUCUGGAGCGAUGUGCCGAUAGCUCCAGUGAAAGAGGAAGACAUCAAAGAAGAGCACGGCCAAGCAGCAGGUGACGAAGCAGGUUCUGAUUUGGAGCUGGAUACAGACGAUCUACUGGGUAGCGGUGAUGUGACCACAGUGGGGUCAAUGAACCCUAUUGCCGACUUUGAGGCAUUGAUCGGGUCCUCUCGGUCGAAAGUGAAUCGUCGCCAUCUCCUCACUACUGCGGUAGUUGGCGUGCAGACACAAAUUGAGAAGCUCCUGACGCAAAGCGGACCAGCGUUUUUCCCCAAAGCGUUGCAGUGUCUGUCUCACUUUCGCAAACGCAGUCCCGAGAUCCAAUACUCUGCCCAGUUCAACGAUUUCCUGACCAAGUUAAAGUCGUUCUUGCCCGAAGACUCGGAUGCGUGGAAGGCCGUCAAAGACGCCAACGUCAGCUUACUGACUUCAGUUGACGAUCCCGCUGUCGACGUCUCACCUGCUGAAGCACGCGCCUUUCUAUAUGGUGAAGAGGAAGUCGACGUGAAUCUUGCUGCAGCUUCACUAUCGUCGCGGAUCGAUGCAAUGGAAGGGGAUAACGACGUGUUUGCUGACAUUGAGUAA